CUGGGUGAUCAUGGUUGUGUUGUAUACCGAUGAGAUGAUGAUGGUUUCUGUCAUUCCUCGAUUUCCAUGUCCCUAGGCUUUAGGACACGUCCACUGCUUAUUCUCAUUUCAGGUCUGCUUUAUAAAGCCAGUCUGGGUCUUCUCAACAUGUUCAUUGGCCCAGCACUGUGAUUGUGACAAAAAUAUUGCUACACUAAGCUACGCAGCACUGGAGUUUCCCAGUGCUUAUUAUGCAAAGGGUCAUAUCUACCUCCCCUAUGGUGACAUUGCUGAACCAUUUGAGGCCUGGGUUGAUAUGAAAUCCGGUAAAAGUCGGAUGGACACUUACAAUGGGACAUCCAAGAUCAUCAACCGUCAAGAUGAGGGCAAUUACGGGAUGAUGUAUAAGAUUGUCCCAGUAACAACAGAAAGUGUUGCCAAUAAAAUCAGCUGUUUCAAGUUAGGAGGAUUUAAAGGAGUUCCUGUGGUGCCUCAGGGAGUAUUACCUAAUGCUACUCUGUACAAGUAUGUAACUGACAUGGAGUAUGAAGGUUUGAAGGUGUCGGUUUACAUAUCCUACUUUACGGAUAAUGACCGAUCAAACAAUUAUACGCUGCUCAUUCGAAAGGAUAAUUCUCAUCCAGUUGUUCUUCAUUUUCUUGGAUAUGAUCGUUUGUUUGGAUCACACUACGAUGAAUAUGACAUUGUGUAUACAGAUUUCAUGGCAAGUACUCCUGACCCCAGUGUGUUUGAAAUCCAGAAAGGGUUUCAGUGUGGUGCCUUUCCUGGACCUGGAGCUAACAAUCCGAUGAGUGAAAAUCCACUUUUUGAGUUGGUUGGAGCAAGGUCUUAUAGCCAUAUUGAACAACAAAGCCGAGUUGCAGCUGAAUUUGAGUUAUUCGCCAAAAAGCAUGGGAAGCAGUACACACACCAGAAAGAGUUUUCACAAAAACAUGCUUCAUUUGCUAAAAAUUUUAGGUAUAUUAAUGCCAUGAACCGUCAAAAUCUGACCUACAAAUUAGCUGUAAAUCACAUGGCUGACUACAGUGAAGUUGAUUUCCGUACAUUGCGUGGAGUUAUAAAAACAAGUGAUAGUCUUAGGCAAGACGUCGUACAAAAGUCAAAGAAGAGUUUGCCACUACAAUGGGAUUGGCGACUGCAAGGGGCCGUGACUCCUGUCAAGGAUCAGGGCAUAUGUGGAAGUUGCUGGAGUUUUGGUACUACUGGAACUCUUGAGGGAUCUCUCUUUAUCAAGCACAAUAAGCUGAUCUCACUAAGUGAACAGUGCUUAGUUGAUUGUUCAUGGGGCUUUGGUAACAACGGAUGUGAUGGAGGAGAGAGUGAGAGGGCAUAUGAAUGGAUAAUGAAGUCUGAGUGUCUUCCAACUGAGUCAAGUUAUGGCCAGUAUUUAAUGCAGGAUGGAUUUUGUCGUGUGAAUGAAUCUGAGUGUGGUGUCCAGAUUACUAAUUGGCAUAACACCCCGCAAGGAAAUGUCCAGGCACUUGUCGAGGCAAUUUACAACAAUGGACCCAUCAGUGUAGCCAUUGAUGCCAGCCACCUAAGCUUUGCAUUUUAUUCUCAUGGAGUUUAUUUUGAACCUAAAUGCGGAAGCACUCCUGAUGACCUUGAUCAUCAGGUCCUAGCAGUUGGUUAUGGAGAUCUUGAGGAGAUUCCUUACAUCCUUGUGAAAAAUUCAUGGUCUACACACUGGGGCAAUGAUGGAUACAUUCUAAUGAGUCAAAAAGACAAUAACUGUGGUAUUGCAACAGAUGCAUCAUAUGCUGAUGUCAUUUGAAAGAUUGACUGUAGUGUGUUUGUUAAGCAUGCAUUGAAAAAGAUUGGAAUGUACAUUAGUGUCAAAAUUACGCACACCAACGUUCAUUAAUUAUUAAGAUAGUCGCAAUACGUACAUUUGGGUACGCACUUUCUUAUUUGGGUACCCAGUUCUCAUUUGGGUACACACUUUUUUUUAUUGGGUACACAGUUUUCAUUUGGGUAUGCACACUUUUUUAU